AUGAGCACCCCCGCCCCCGUCCGUAGGCGCAAGUCGCAGGCGUUCGUAGAGCUCGCGCAUUCACCCUCCCAACCUUCUGCAUCCGCUUCUGGCUUCGCCGAUCCGAAGAGGAUAGGUCACACGCCUUCGAAGGGGGCAGCUGCAAACGUGGCCACCUCCUCGGCAGCCCCCUCUGGUGUCAAGCGCAAGCAGCGCGAAGAGAUCGCCUCCAUGUCCAAAGACAAGAACGAGGUCCCACCGUCUGCGAAGAAGGUGAAACGGGAUGGCGUUUCAGACGCGCCAGCAAAGAAGAUCAAAGAAGCAAUAAAGGACACCACGAAUGUCAUGGAUGCGCCGGACUCGGACAGCCCGCGCAAGCUGUACUGCCAUCAAUGCGCGAGAAGCUUUCAGCUUGAUAACAUGGUGCAGUGCACGUAUAAACGCCACAGAGGACUGAGGUGCGGGAAGAAGUACUGCUCGGCUUGCUUGCGCAACAGAUAUCUUCGCGAUAUCAAUGACAUUCGGCACGAUUCACCGCACAACCAUCCCCAGUCCGAGACGCAGGAUCAUGUGGAGGGUGAAGACUACUUCUUCCAGUGUCCGUUCUGCUCCGAUACUUGUAACUGCAGAGUAUGUAUGAAGAAAAGGGGACAGGCGGCCCUUGGAUCCCGCAGUCCUCUCAGGCUCUUUGCCAAGCAGAAGGAAGCCGAGGCAGCUGCAGCUGAGAAAGAGCCGAUCAGUACAGUGGGUCUCUUCUGGCCUGCCAAGAAGGCUCCGAAGGCUGCAAGUAAAGUAGCUCAGGAACAGUCGGCCUCUGCAAAGAAAAUCCAGCGCAAAUCUUCCACCUCCAAGUCAGUGUCUCAUGUGUUACCCCAAGAAGCACCGAAGGUAGUUCGUGCCCCCAAGCCGCCAAAGCCGAAAGCCGUCUCCAAGCCUCUGCCGAAGACGCUUUGGACUGUACUCCCCACUCCAUUAGACCUCGAAGGCGUGCUCCAGCGGAUGAACAUCCGCGAGUUCCUCCUGCGCUUCUCUCAUAUUCUAGACAUUGCCAAGACUCACCGUGAAGACCUCGAGGAGCUUGCCACGGGCGAUCCCUACCUCUCUGCUCCAGAUGAAGAAGACGAAGAGAAGUCUGAGCUCGUCGGCUGGAUCAGCGAAACCGCACUGAAAGCCGUCCUCAUGGCCCUCCUCUCCCUCUUCAUCAAGGACGUCAACUUCGAGACCGACCGCGCCGAACUCGUCAAGGCCCGCGAGGGCAUCCAGAGCAGCGGCGCCAACGUCUCCAAGAUGUGGAUAGCUCUCUCCUGCCUCCGCAACUCCACCUCCCUCCCCCUCCCUGACUCUCUCCCCGCCCCGACUCUGACGCGCCAGCGGAGCACGCGCAGCGUCAACCCCGAGGCCGCCGCCGUCGGCUGCACCGCGCAGCUCGUCCCCAUCGUCGGCGCGCUCGUCGAGGCGGCCCUCCGCACCGAGCUCGUCCGGGACGACUUCGAGGGCGGCGUCGCAGAGGAGCGGGAGCACGCGGCGGCGGCGCGCGAGCUCAAGGCGGCCGAGAACGCGCGCUGGAAGGACCUGAAGGCGGCGGAGCUCGCGGCGUCGUCCAAGGGGCGCCCAAAGGCGAAGCAGCCGACGGCGACCGGCCGCCAGGGCUUCAAGCUGACGAAGGCGCACCAGGCGGUGGUCGACGCCGCGCGCCCCGGCCACGCGGCGGCGCUCGCGGCGUGCGACCAUGCGCUCGCGGUCGCAGCGGCGGGGUGCGUCGCGCGGUGUGCCCCUCUCGGGCGCGACGCGGACGGGCGGGUGUACUUUGCGCUCAGCCCGGGCGUGGCGGAGCGGGAGGCGGCGGAGGAGCUGUUGCAGGGGAAGAGGGGCGAGGUGAGGAUGGGGCGACGGAAGGCUGUCGUGGAGGAGGACGAGCGGAAGCGGAUGCGCCAUUGGAGCUGGUUCCUGGCCGUGUGGGGGCGCAAGCCUGAGGGUGCGGUCGUUGCGAUGAUCGACGACGGCGAGGAGGAGACGGAAGGGAAGGGCAAGGGCAAGGAGACGACAGUGGAGGGCGACGACGAGCCGCGCUGGUGGGGGUUCUGGCACCCGGAGCAGAUCGCAAAGCUCGCGGAGUGGCACGCGGUGCGUCACGGCUUUGAUCUCGCGUCCAAGCGCGUGCGCGCCGCAGCGGACGACAACGCGGUCGUCGACAUCGACGACGUCAACGUGCCCGCGGCCGGCAAGGGCAAGAAGCCGCGCGGGCGCCCGUCGAAUGUGAGCUCAGCCGCGAGCUCACGCGCGCGCACUGCCGCAGAGGACGACUCGGACCUGACAGACCAGUCGGAGGACGAGCGGGACGAGAUCGUGGACGACGCGGGGGUGGACGCAGACGGGGACGUGCAGAUGCGUACGAACGCGCGCGGGGAGCCGGUCCCGACGCGGCGAGAGCUGCGGGCCCUCGCUCGAGGCCUGAAGCAGUACGCGGAGCAGCUCGAAUGGCGCAUCCGGCGCGCAUGCAAGGACGACGGGGAGAAGGCCGGUCUCAAGGGCAAGGGCAAGGCUGUCGGCAGGUCGGAGCCCAUUGCCCCUGCCAGCUUCUACGGCUGA